CCAUCCGACCCUGCGGCCAACCAUCGCAACACACACCAUACCAGCCCCAUCAACCUCGCAACCACCCACAAUGGCUUCAUCGGCGCCCCAAGUCCGCUCCAUCUACCGACGCCUGCUCCGUGAACUCCCCUCGCCUGGGUCUCCGACCCCGUCUGCCCGGUCCCAGAGCACCCCACCCGCGUUCCGUUCGAGCUCGCACCAGAAACUCUCGGCGCCCUCUGCGCUCCAACAACGCAUACGCGACACAAUCUCAAAGGCGAACAGCGAGAGCCAAAUGGCACAAGCAGAGCAGUUCAUUCAAUACGUGCAGGCGCAGAGGACGUACUGCACACUGAUUGAGCGAUACAAUCCUGGGAUGGGAAUGAGCGAGGAGGAGAGAGUCCGAUUGAGCGCGAGGAGGGUGGGUAUCAAUUUACCGGUGGAAUUUGUCAAGGGGCAGGAGUGAGGGGGGAAAUGCGAGGAGGUGCGUAGCACUGCAUACAGCAGCAAGGGUACAAAAUCUGGAGGACCUACGUGUAUACCAAUGUACAGUAUCAUGGAAUAGCUAAACUACAUAAUGUGGGCCUGGCAAGCCCGUUGAUCUAUCCGCUGCGAAGACAGGUGCUGCAAGGAAGGCACAUGCCGCCGAUGAAAGGGUAUGCUGCUUUUCCACCGAACGCCGAAAUCAAAUUCAGAUCCUGCUGCUCCCAC